AUGGAUUUGGAGGAGGGAGUCCCCAUGGCGCGGAUGCAAGACCGGCAGUCCGCCGUUGCGACUAUCCUGUGUUGUAACUGUGGUGCUGCCAUCGAUGGAACCACAGCGGCUGGCGCUUUGUGCUCGGACUGCCUGAGGCUUGAUGUUGACGUUUCCCAUGGUAUCCAGCGUGAAUCGACUCUUCAGUGCUGCAGGGACUGCGAGCGGUGGCUCCAACCCCCCAACAGCUGGGUGGUCGCAGCCCCCGAAUCGAAAGAACUACUGGCAGUCUGCCUGCGCCGUCUUCGCGGUUUGGCGAAAGUCCGCAUUAUUGACGCCAAUUUCAUCUGGACUGAGCCUCACUCUCGCCGCAUCAAGGUCAAGAUCACCAUCCAGGAAGAAGCCUUUGCCAGCCAGAACGGGACCGUCAUCCAGCAGUCAUUCGAAGUGGAAUAUGUGGUGUCAUCCCUACAAUGUUCUGACUGUAAGAAGUCUUAUACCCACAAUACAUGGAGGGCAUCAGUCCAGGUCCGACAGAAAGUACCCCAUAAACGCAGCUUCCUUUUUCUCGAACAACUGAUUCUAAGGAAUGGAGCCCAUAAGGAUACGGUUAACAUCAAGGAGGCAAAGGACGGCCUUGAUUUCUACUUUGCAGCUCGAAACCACGCCGAGAAGAUGGUCGAUUUCUUGACCUCCGUUGUCCCUUGCAAGACAAAAAAGUCUCAAGAGCUCAUAUCUAUGGAUAUUCACACCAGUGCAAAAUCUUACAAGUUCACAUUCUCAGUGGAGUUGAUCCCUAUCUGCAAGGAUGACCUUGUUGCACUGCCUAUCAAACUUGCGCGCCAACUGGGAAAUAUCGCGCCCCUGACUCUGUGCUACCGUGUUGGUAACUCUGUCAACCUGAUGGACCCGACCACCCUCCAGACUGCCGACGUCCCAACAGGCACUUACUGGAGGUCUCCAUUCAAAAAUCUUGCUGAUGUGACUGAGCUCAAGGAGUUUAUCGUUUUGGAUAUCGAGCCUACUGGCCAGUCAACCGGUAAGUAUCAACUCGCCGAGGCGACGGUUGCCCGCGCCUCGGACCUAGGCUCCAAUGAUACCACUUACUUCACCCGCACACACCUUGGUUCCAUCUUGCAUGUCGGUGACUCCGUACUCGGGUACCAUCUCAGUGGAACCGUAUUCAACGAUGAUAACUUCGAGGCCAUCGAGGCGAGUUCCAAGUACAGCUCCACUAUUCCGGACGUUAUUCUUGUGAAGAAGUUUUACGCCCGCAAGAAGAAACCUAAAAGCCGAGCUUGGCGCCUAAAGCGGAUGGCCCGCGAAUACGAGGAAGAAGCUCUUGCUGGCGCGGCUAUGCAGCAAAGCCGUCGUCAGGAACAGGAGUCCAGCCGUCUUGAGGAGGAUUUGGAAAUGUUUCUCCAAGAUAUUGAGGAAGAUCAAGAACUACGAAAUACUCUGGAUCUCUACAAGAUUCGAAAACAAAACCAGGACGCUCAGGGUUUGGAGGAUACCGAUGAUAAUCAAAGUGAAGAUGAAGUGCCGCAGAUCAAUAUGGACGAGCUGCUUGAUGAUUUUGAUGAGCUGCGCAUGGAUGAUGAAUGA